CCCGGCAAAACAGCCAGAAGUUGUUGGAAGGAUUUGUUUAGUGCAGCUGGUCAGAAUAUUGAAAAAAUGAUUCGAAAUUUAAUCCUAUUGUUGUUUUGUGUAAUGGCAGUUAAAGGAGUUGCCGUUAUUAUCUAUACGGCAGUGAAUGUACAAGGUGCUUUAGCGGAAUGCAUUCAACUGGAUCCCAAAUUGACAAUUCUCACAAAUGGAACGGAUUCAAAGGACGCGCAGUGUUUUUUGGAUUGUAUGUACAAAAAGGCUGGUUUGAUAGAUGAAGCUGGUCAUACAAAUGAAACGGUUGUUGACACGUUUAUAGGCAAAGAAAGUUCGUAUGGUUGGUUGAAGACGGUUGUUCACAAGUGCACGUCAUCAGUGGUUAACGAAGACGAACCAUGCAAAACUGCGGCAAACCUUGCCAAUUGUGAAGUGGACGAAGAAAUCAAACUGGUAAGCUCGCUAGUAGUGCAAACGCCAGCUUCGGGCGAUGCCAAAUAAUAUGUUUAAAGGUGUUAUAACGAUUAUACAUUUAAACAAAUAUAUAGGUUACAUAAUGGCCAACAAGGUCAGUUUUUGCUAUUAAUAGCACAAAGAAAUCUUAUUGCAAAGAAACAAAGUAGAUGUUAUGUCUAGUGACCAACAGCAAAUUAAAAUAAUAAAAAUUGCCUUACUUCAU